AUGUCUAGCACCGACCAGAACGGAGGGAAGAGCAAUGAGUCGGACGGGAGCAAUGGUUCGCGCCAUCCAAGUUUGACAAGCUCAACCGAUGUUGGUGAGAAGCUCGCCAGCAGGGCAAAGCCAAAGCCUACGCUGCACAAGCCCAAGUCCCUGAAGCCCGACAGAGAAGGAGUUGCAAACGCGUUCGAAAAAUACGGCCAAGUCAUCCAUGCGACGAUCCAGCCCUUGCCAAACCAGGGAGGCGCAGGCACCUUCAGCGAAGAUAAGAAAUGGGGGAAACUUAAGGCCGACAUCAAGACACUGCGAGCUAUGGAUUAUCGAACCCUCAAGACCAUGAUCGUGGCCAAAAUCAAGGGCGAGAAGUUGAUCGACGACAAGACGAUGAUGAUGGAGCGCCUGAUCCAGCUGGUCUCCAAUCUGCCCAGCAACUCCAAGUUGCGCGUGAACUUGACAAAUGACUUUCUGGGCGAGCUCUGGUAUACCCUGGAACACCCUCCCUCGCUCUAUGUUGGGGACAAGUACCGCUAUCGCCAGGCCGAUGGGUCGUACAACAACAUCAUGUUCCCGCAGCUUGGGGCUGCCGGUACUUCAUAUGCACGGUCUGUGAACGCCAAUGUCCUACGGCCCGGAGCCCUGCCCGACCCGGCGCUCAUCUAUGACUCGGUAAUGAAGCGUACCGAGUACAAGAAACACCCAAACAACGUCUCGAGCAUCCUGUGGUAUUGGGCCAGCAUCAUCAUUCACGAUCUCUUCUGGACCGACUACAGAGACAUGAGCAAGUCCAAGACAUCGUCCUAUCUGGACCUUUCCCCGCUGUAUGGGAGCAAUCAGAAGAUGCAGGAUACGAUCCGAACGUUCCGGGACGGCAAGCUGAAGCCCGACUGCUUCGCCGACAAGCGCCUGCUGGGGAUGCCGCCAGGCGUGGGAGUGCUGCUGAUCAUGUUCAACCGGGUUCAUAACUACGUCUGCGAAAACCUGAUUGCCAUCAACGAGGAUGGGAAAUUCACCCGGCCUUCUCCCUCACUGGAGGGAGAGCAGGCUGCCGCGGCAUGGAAGAAAUACGACAACGACCUGUUCCAGACUGCCCGUCUGAUCACCUCUGGCCUGUACAUCAACAUCACUCUCCUGGAUUACGUGCGGAAUAUUGUCAACUUGAACCGGGUCGACACCACCUGGACUCUCGACCCCCGCGUAAACACGGGCGUAGACGUGGGCACAAAGGAAGGGGCCGAGCGCGGGACGGGCAAUGUCGUGUCUGCCGAGUUCAACCUCUGCUACCGGUGGCACAGCUGUGUCUCGGACAAGGACGACAAGUGGAUCGAGGAGUUCUACCAUGACUUGUUUGGGAAGCCGAGCUCUGAGGUCUCGGUUCACGACCUGGUCAUGGGCUUCGACAAGUUCGAGCGAAUGAUCCCUGAGGAUCCGCUUGAGCGGCCAUUUGGCAAGUUUAAGAGGGGUCCAGACGGCAAGUUAAACGACGAUGACCUCGUCGAAUGCAUCACCUCGGCCGUCGAAGACUGCGCUGGUUCUUUUGGCGGGCGGAACGUGCCGCAGUCGAUGCGGGCUAUCGAGAUUCUGGGCAUCAUCCAGGGCCGGAAGUGGAACGUCGCAGGCCUGAACGAGUUCAGAAAGCACUUUGGUCUCAAGCCGUAUGAGUCAUUCGAGGAUAUCAACUCGGACCCUGGGAUCGCCGAGUCGCUUCGUCGUCUGUACGACCACCCGGAUUUCGUCGAGCUCUAUCCUGGCUUGGUAGCCGAGGAGCACAAGGAGCCCAUGGUCCCGGGUGUUGGGAUUGCGCCCACCUACACCAUCUCUCGCGUUGUCCUCUCGGAUGCCGUCUGUCUUGUCCGAGGUGACCGGCAUUACACGACCGAUUACAACCCGCGCAACCUGACCAACUGGGGUUACAACGACGUCCAGUACGACCUCAACAUCAACCACGGCUGCGUCUUCUACAAGCUCUUCAUCCGGGCAUUCCCGAACCACUUUACCCACAACUCUGUCUAUGCCCACUACCCUAUGGUCGUCCCUUCGGAGACGGAGAAGAUCCUGAAGGAUCUCAAGCGCGAUCAUCUCUUCGACUUUUCGCGCCCAACACGCAAAUCCCAGGUGUUGGAGGUCAACUCGUAUGAGGCGGCCCAGCGCAUAUCAGAGACUCCAGACAAGUACCAAGCUACAUGGCACGAAGGCCUGCGGCCGCUUGCAGGGCAGGGCAAGACCAAGCUCUCCGGAGACGCAACGACGCACGACAACCACCGCAGCGGGGUCAGCCAAUCGCUGUGGACAGCUGACGUGGAGUCCCAAGUCAAGACGUUCUACAGAAACGUGACCAACCAACUGCUCAACGGCAAGAGUUACAACCUGGCCGGCAACCGGAUGGUUGAUCUCGUGCGCGAUGUCGCCAACCUGGCCCCGACGCUCUUCGUCUCGAGCAUCUUCAACCUCCCUGUGCAGACCAAGGAGAACAGCAAAGGCAUCUACACGGAGCACGAGCUGUACGCCGUCCUGUCCACCGCCGCGGCCGCCAUUUUCACCGACGUCGACGUGGUCAAGAUGUUCCCCCUGAGAGAGGCUGCCAAGACGGUGACCAGCCAGCUGAGCACCCUGGUCGAGCGCACCGUCAAGAGCCCCAAGGCGAACAAGAACGACGCGUUGAGUGCGUACGGCGCAAGCCUCAUCAAGGGCUUGUCCAAGGCCGGUCUGAGCACCCAUGAUAUCACCUGGGCCCACGUGCUGACCACCGCCGCGGCACUCGUUUCGUAUCAAGCGAAGAUGUUCUCCGAGGCAGUCGAUUUCUACCUUUCUCCGAGAGGCGCCUGCCACCUGCAGGACAUCCACACGCUUGCCACGCAGGAACCAUCCGACACCACGGAUGCCCUGCUCUUGGGCUACGUGCUCGAGGGCGUGCGCCUGUCUUCCGCGGCCCGGUUCACCUAUCUCGCCACGGCGGCCGACACACUGCAAACCAUCGGCGGGGAGAUGCCCGUCCAAACGGGCGAUCGCGUCACGGUCAACCUGAACGCUGCCUCCCAAUCCGAUACCGAGACCGUUGACCCGCGCCGACCGGUGGGCAGUUACAACCUGCAUUUCCCCGCCACCAGCACGCCGCUGGGGCGCGAGAUGAGCCAGGCGGGGCUGACCGAGAUGUUCCGGGCGGUUUUCGUGCGGCCGAAUCUGCGGCGCGCCCCCGGCCCGCAGGGCGAGCUGAAGAAGGUGCGCGUGGCGGGUGGAAACAAGUGCAUGUACCUGCGUGAGGACUGGGGCGCGUUGACGCCGUGGCCGGUUACCAUGAAGGUCUGCUGGGAUGAGAAUUCCGAAUGA